GGCGCCGCGUAGGCCGGGGAGGCCGGGCCGGCCCGGCUGGGAGCUUGAGCCCCAUGAGCCGCCGCCUCCCCCGACGAUGUUCCCCUCCCGGAGGAAAACGGCACAGCUGCCCUGGGAGGACGGCAGGUCCAGGCUGAUCCCCAGCGGCCUCCCCCGGAAAUGCUCCGUCUUCCACCUCUUUGUUGCCUGUCUCUUACUGGGCUUCCUCUCCCUGCUCUGGCUGCAGCUCAGCUGCUCUGGGGACGUGGCCCAGGCAGCCAGGGGAAAAGGACAGGAGACCCCGGGCCCAUCCCGGGCCUGCCCACCAGAGCCACCCCCUGAGCACUGGGAACAAGAUGAAUCAUGGGGCCCCCACCGCCUGGCAGUGCUGGUGCCCUUUCGAGAACGCUUCAAGGAGCUCCUGGUCUUUGUGCCCCACAUGCACCGCUUCCUGAGCAGGAAGAAGAUCCAGCACCACAUCUAUGUGCUCAACCAGGUGGACCAUUUCAGGUUCAACCGGGCAGCACUCAUCAACGCGGGCUUUCUGGAGAGCAGCAACAGCACAGACUACAUCGCCAUGCACGACGUGGACCUGCUCCCUCUCAACGAGGAGCUGGACUAUGGCUUCCCAGAGACCGGGCCCUUCCACGUGGCCUCCCCGGAGCUCCACCCGCUCUACCACUACAAGACCUACGUCAGUGGCAUCCUGCUGCUUUCCAAGCAGCACUACCAGCUGUGCAACGGGAUGUCCAACCGCUUCUGGGGCUGGGGCCGUGAGGAUGACGAGUUCUACCGGCGCAUCAAAGGAGCCGGGCUCCAGCUUUUCCGCCCCUCGGGAAUCACAACUGGGUACAAGACAUUUCGCCACCUGCAUGACCCAGCCUGGAGGAAGAGGGACCAGAAGCGCAUCGCGGCUCAAAAACAGGAGCAGUUCAGGGUGGACCGGGAGGGAGGCCUGAGCACCGUGAAGUACCGCGUGGACUCCCGUACAGCCCUGUCUGUGGGCGGGGCCCCCUGUACUGUUCUCAACAUCAUGUUGGACUGUGACAAGGCUGCCACCCCCUGGUGCACAUUCAGCUGAGUUGGCUGGACAGCAAGGAAGCCUGUGCCUACAGGCCAUACUGCUA